GAAAUCAUAAUAAUAACGAUAUAAUCCAGCAUGGAGAAAUAUUUGGGGUAGGUAUAUGCGGGGGACGCUUGGGGAUGUGUCGAUCGAUACUACCUCGUAUAACUAUAGAGAAAGCCUUGCCCGCCACCGUGAAUGCGUAUAGAGCUAUAGGUUGUAUAUAAGUCCCAGAACCUCGCCGCCGUAGGGGAUGAAAGGGGGAGGUAGAAAUACGAGCAAGGGCCUUUGGAGUUGGGCAGCUUGGUUUCUGUAUACUACGCGAAGGUCGCUAUUGUCUCGCGGCACGUAUAUCGGACUCGGACGCGUGGGAUCAACCUUCGGCGCGUGGUGUACGUACAUACGUCCAUGAUGGCGAGCCGAUUGCUCUUCACGGCGGCAGCAGCGUCGGCCACUGCUAUCGCGGCGAGAAAUUACCCCGGUGGCGAUCCUCUCGCGGCCUGUCCCGGGUAUGCCGCAUCGAAUAUUGUCCAGACGGCAACGGGAUUGACUGCCGACCUGACUUUGGCCGGUGGGGCUUGCAAUGUGUACGGAGAGGACCUGGAUGAUUUGGUUUUGGAAGUUUCUUACGAUACCGAAACUAGACUUCACGUAAAGAUCCAAGACGCCGCCAAUAAUGUCUACCAGAUCCCCGAGUCCGUCUUCCCCCGGCCGGAAGCCCCGGGUGUCGAAGAGGCACAGUCUGCGCUGAAGUUCGACUACACCGAGAGUCCCUUCUCCUUCACCGUGUCACGCGCAGAUUCGGGCGAAGUCCUCUUCGACACGUCGGCCGCGAGCCUGGUGUUUGAGUCCCAGUACGUGCGGCUGCGGACGAGGCUGCCCCAGAAUCCGAGCCUGUACGGGCUGGGUGAGCAUUCGGACCCCUUCAUGCUGAACACGACCGGCUAUGUGCGCACGCUGUGGUCACAGGACUCUUAUGGCGUUCCCGAGGACGCCAACCUGUACGGAAAUCAUCCGGUGUAUUACGAGCACCGCGCGAGCGGGACCCAUGGCGUCUUCUUCCUCAACUCUAACGGCAUGGAUAUUAUCCUCGACGACACCCCGGAGGCUGGCGGUCAGUACCUCGAGUAUAACACUCUCGGUGGUGUGCUCGACUUUUACUUCGUCGCCGGCCCGAGCCCCGUUGAGGUCGCACGCCAGUAUGCUGGCAUUGUUGGGUUGCCCGCGAUGAUGCCUUACUGGUCUUUCGGCUUCCACAACUGUCGCUAUGGCUACCAGGACGUCUACGAGGUCGCCGAGGUCGUCUAUAACUACAGCCAGGCUGGCAUCCCGCUCGAGACGAUGUGGACCGACAUCGACUAUAUGUAUCGUAGAAGAGUAUUUUCACUAGAUCCGGAACGAUACCCGCUACACAAGAUGCGUGAGCUCGUCGACUACCUACACGCGCACGAUCAGCAUUACAUAGUAAUGGUAGACCCGGCGGUGGCGUAUCAGGACUUCCCGGAGGCGUUCGGGCGCGGCGUCGCAGACGAUGUGUUCAUGCGGCAAGCUAACGGGUCUGUGUGGAAGGGUGUCGUCUGGCCGGGUGUCACCGCUUUCCCAGACUGGUUCUCUGCAAACAUUACGAGCUAUUGGAACGGCGAAUUCGAGCGUUUCUUCUCUCCGGAGUCUGGUGUGGAUAUCGAUGCUCUCUGGAUUGACAUGAACGAACCUUCCAACUUCCCCUGCUUUUUCCCCUGCGACGACCCCGACACUGCCGCGAUUGGCUACCCACCAGAGCCUCCACCGGUCAGAUCACCUCCCAGGCCGUUGCCGGGCUUCUCGUGCGACUUCCAGCCCGAAGGCACAGACUGCACUACGAUCGAAGCGAGGACGGCCCCCCAGACCCGCGACGUUGCAUUAUCGCUGCCGUCCCGCAACAAGCUGGCCAACCUCGUCCCGCGCCUGGUCCCGACCGAAAAUGGCCAGGGCAAGGGCAUCCCCGGGCGUGACCUACUGUUCCCCAAAUACGCGAUUCAUAACAAGGCAGCGUGGACGGACGACUGGAACGCCGGACAAGGCGGCAUCUCGAACAAGACGGUGAAUACAGACCUGAUACAUCAGAACGGACUCACCAUGUACGACACACAUAACCUAUACGGUAGCAUGAUGUCGAUCGCGUCGUACGAAGCGAUGCUGGCACGGCGCCCGACGAAACGGCCUCUCAUAAUCACGCGCUCGACGUUCGCAGGCGCAGGCACGAAAGUGGGCCAUUGGCUCGGGGACAACCUGUCGUUGUGGGCGCACUACCGGCUCGCGAUACGCAGCGCGCUCGCCUUUGCAGCCGUGUACCAGGUGCCAAUGGUGGGGGCGGACGUGUGUGGCUUCGGUGGUGAUACGACGGAGCAGCUAUGCGCACGCUGGACGGCUCUCGCGGCGUUCGCGCCCUUCUACCGAGUGCAUAACAGCCUCGACUCGGCCCCCCAAGAACUCUAUCGGUGGUCGCGCACGAUAGAAGCGGCGCGCAAGUUCCUCGCCAUCCGCUACGCGCUGCUCGACUACGCGUACACAGCUCUGCACACACAGACGCGCGAUGGCACACCCAUGCUCAGCCCUCUCUGGUACGCGUACCCAGAUGACAGCAAGACGUGGGCACUCGACCUGCAGUACUUUUACGGCCCGCACCUGCUCGUCGCGCCCGUGACGGAGGAAAACAGCGAUAAGGUAGACGUGUACCUACCCGACGACGUGUUCUACGACUGGUACACGGGAACGCGAGUCGAGGGUAAAGGGGCGCACAUUACGGUCACGGAACAAGGGUGGACAGACCUGCCGCUGUAUAUCAAGGGAGGCGCCAUCGUGCCACUACGACAGACUACCAGCAUUGGUACUGCUGCUGCUGCUAUCGGCGGCGAGGGAGAUGGACAGCCGAUGACGACGCGCGAGCUGCGCAAGCGGCCAUUCGAGAUCGUGGUCGCCGUGGGGCGCGACGGGCGCGCUAGCGGCAGCUUGUACCUAGAUGACGGCGAGAGCAUCGAGCAGCCGGCCGGCGCGACUACGGAAAUUAACUUCACGUUCGCCAAAGGCGUGCUCCGAGUCAACGGCACGUUCGGGUAUCGGCCGGAUCCGUCAGGUGGCGGCGACGACAGCCUGCGCGUCGCGAAGGUGACGUUCCUUGGCCUGGGAAGGAGGCGUCGUUCCGGGGAGGAGCGCGGGGACAUAGUAAGCGUCGAAGUGGACAAGUUGCUGACGGAGGCUUUCACCGUGGCCGUCUAG